AUGGGCGUCUCAAAGAUAUCCUUUAUUCUACUGUUAGUAGCGUGGAGCGUACAGGGUGAUGCUGAAGGUUUCGCCUCUAAUUCUGGAGGCCAAGAGCCCGACACCCGAGUGGUGGGUGGCAAAGACGCCCCAGAAAAGCUUGUGCCACACCAAGUCGCACUAAAAUCUAAAGACGGCUGGACUUUCUGCGGCGGUGCUAUCAUCUCCGACAGAUGGAUUCUGACAGCUGCCCAUUGUGUCGAAAGUCUUAAACCAUCAGAAUUUAUCGCUGUAGUUGGUACAUUAUCGAAAGAUAAAGGUGGCACAAAGUAUGAAAUAAGCAAAGUAAUUUCUCACAAAGAAUAUAACAAGCCAAAUAAAUUCAACAACGAUAUUGCUGUUAUAAAAAACAUUUUGGCCACAACCUGA